UGCGUUUCCCAACCUCCCUAAUUUAUACACAUAACCGCCAAAUCUUUAUAUAAAAGGUAACGAAACCUCUCGCACUAAUUUCUUGAUCGCUAGAAAAAAAAAAUUCCAAAUCGAAAUCAAUUCUCUCCGAUCAAAUAAUUAUGGAUAGAGCAAUCAACAGACAAAAAGUUCUUCUCGAUCAUCUCCGUCCUUCAUCUUCUUCACAUAAUCACGAGGCCUCUCUCUCUGCAUCGGCUUGUUUAGCUGGAGAUAGCGCCGCUUAUCAGAGGACAUCGGUUUAUGGAGAUGACGUCGUGAUUGUGGCAGCUUAUAGAACUCCGUUAUGCAAGUCUAAACGUGGCGGUUUCAAGGAUACUCAUGCCGAUGAUUUACUUGCUCCUGUUUUGAAGGCAUUGAUAGAGAAAACAAAUUUGAACCCAAGUGAAGUUGGGGAUAUUGUUGUGGGAACAGUGUUGGCUCCAGGAUCUCAAAGAGCAAGUGAAUGCAGAAUGGCUUCAUUCUAUGCGGGUUUUCCUGAAACUGUACCAGUUAGGACCGUCAACAGGCAAUGUUCUUCAGGGCUUCAGGCAGUUGCUGAUGUAGCUGCCGCUAUCAAAGCAGGGUUUUAUGACAUUGGUAUUGGAGCCGGUUUAGAGUCAAUGACAGUUAACCCAAUGUCUUGGGAUGGAGAUGUGAAUCCAAGAGUUAAGGCUUUUGAGCAAGCCCAAAACUGCCUUCUGCCUAUGGGUGUAACUUCAGAAAAUGUUGCUCAUCGUUUUGGAGUGACUAGACAGGAGCAGGAUCAGGCUGCAGUUGACUCUCAUAGGAAGGCUGCUGCUGCUACAGCUACUGGAAAAUUCAAGGAUGAAAUAAUUCCUGUGGCAACUAAGAUUGUUGACCCAAAAACUGGGGAAGAGAAACGUGUCACUGUGUCCGUUGAUGAUGGAAUUCGGCCAAAUGCAUCAUUGUCAGAUCUUGCGAAACUGAAAGCUGUGUUUAAGAAAGAUGGGACCACCACUGCAGGUAAUUCUAGCCAAGUAAGUGAUGGUGCCGGGGCUGUGUUGCUUAUGAAGAGAAGUGUUGCUAUGCGUAAGGGGCUGCCCAUCCUUGGAGUAUUCAGGACUUUUGCUGCUGUUGGUGUGGAUCCUGCCAUCAUGGGCGUUGGCCCAGCUGUCGCCAUUCCUGCUGCAGUGAAGGCCGCUGGUCUAGAACUUAAUGACAUUGAUCUUUUUGAGAUAAAUGAGGCCUUUGCUUCUCAGUUUGUUUAUUGCCGAAAGAAGUUGGAGCUAGAUCCUGAGAGGAUUAAUGUCAAUGGAGGUGCAAUGGCUAUUGGACACCCUCUGGGUGCAACUGGUGCUCGAUGUGUCGCCACUCUACUUCAUGAGAUGAAACGCCGUGGUAGAGACUGCCGAUUUGGUGUUGUGUCCAUGUGCAUUGGUACGGGAAUGGGAGCAGCUGCUGUGUUUGAAAGCGGAGAUGUUUGUGAUGACUUCAGCAAUGCCCGGAAAGUAGCAACCAAUAAUCUGUUAUCAAAGGAUGCUGUGGUUUAGAUGAUGGCUAUUGCUUAUUUAAAAGAACCUGAGCAAUAAAAUUAUGGUGGGAGUUUCACUCUAAUAAAACUAGUGUAAUAAGGCGUUUUUUUUUAUAUAUUCUUUGAAGAAAAAGUUAAACGAAAUACGGAAAUUAUAUUUCUUUAUUAAAUUUUAAUAUAAUUCAGUUUCUUUGGUA